UCCGUGUUACUUUAUGGUUGUCCAAGUCACCGAGAUCAACACGUGCAUUGUGUUUCUAAUCUAAUCUGUCCUCUGGAUUAUGUCCUAGCUACAUACAAGCAGCAGUGGCUUGUUAUGUAUUAAUCUAUCGUGGUGUUUGUAGAGGGAGUUAUAACAUUUCCCCGGCGCGGUUUUCCACUAUCUGUAGAUUAGAAACACAGCUAAGGUUGUUAGCUAGCUUACAGCACAGCCACUAUCAGACAAUGCUAAGUAGCCACCUAGCAGCUAACGGUCGCUAGCCGCCGGAAAAAAAAAAAGCUAAUCAUGGACGAGUCCGGCGUGAAGAAGCAGAACUGGGACGUGAAGGAGACCGAGCUGCUCCUCGAGAUCCUCAAGGAGCUCGACAUGAAGAAGUGCCUGGACGGGCGCAAGGUGCGCAACAGCCGGCUGUUCAAGGUGGCGCACCGGCGGAUGACGGCGGCCGGCUACCGGCGCUCCGUGGACCAGCUCAAGUUCCGCUGGAAGCUCCUGAAGAGCGCGUACUACAAGUGCAAGAGGGCGCCCGGCGCGCCGGAGCCGGCGCCCGCCAGGAUCCAGGGCUGGCGGCGCUACGAGAGGACGAUGGCGGCGAUCAUGGAGUCGCGACACCCGCGCGCCGGGGCCGCGGUGGACUGCGACAGGGACGACGCCGGCACAGAGGAGUCGGACGGGGGAGGCUCGAUGCUGCACUGGCCGCAGCCGGACAAUGCCACUCAGAGCCUGGAUGUCAUUAUCAAAAUGGACCCUGAGAUGGACUCGCAGCUGAAGAUCGGUUUUAUCGGUGCAGGCAACAUGGCGUACGGCAUCACAAAGGGCAUCUUGUCCGGAAAUGUUCUUCCUGUAAACAUCAAAGUGAGCGCACCGUCCUUAAGGAACCUGGGGCGAUUUCAGGAGCUGGGAGUUUCCAUCACUCACUCCAACGUGGAGGUGGUCUGCGGUUCGGACGUGGUCUUUGUGGCCGUCAAACCUCACCUGGUCCCACUCGUCCUCAACGAGAUCUCGCAGCACGUCACGGACAGACACAUCAUAGUGUCCGUCGCCGCAGGAAUAACACUGGCAACGUUGGAAGAGCUCCUUCCGGAGAACUCGGUCACCGUCCGCCUGAUGCCAAACCUGCCGUGUAUGGUUCAGGAAGGGGCUCUGCUCUUCGCUCGGGGGUCGCACGCCAAAGAGGAGGAUGGCGCUCUGCUGCGCUCAUUAUUACAUCAUUGCGGUUUGGUGGAGGAGGGACCCGAGGCCUGGAUCGACAUCCACACCGGACUGAGUGGGAGUGGAGUCGCUUUUGUGUAUCUGUUUGCUGAGGCUCUGGCAGAAGGAGCCGUUAAGAUGGGCAUGCCGAGCGCUCUGGCCCACAGCAUCGCAUCACAGACGGUUCUGGGAGCUGGGAGAUUGUUGCGCGACACCGGGAAGCAUCCGGCUCAGCUCCGCUCUGAGGUCUGCACCCCGGGAGGAACGACCAUUUACGGGCUUCACGCGCUGGAACAGGGCGGCGUAAGGGCAUCGACCAUGAACGCCGUGGAAUCGGCCACCGAGCGCGCCAGGGAGCUCGGCAGGAAGUCGGCGGCGGAGGGCAGAAAAUGACCUGCACCUGUUUAGCGGACUUGAACUGAAGCCCGACAACAAAAAUGACUCUUUGGCUCGACUUCAUCACGGAACAGAGACAAAACUCAGAACUCUUUUUUUAUUUUAAAUUUGUCUCUUUGUUAUUUUCCCCCGAAACAGGUGCAUUUCAUAUUUCUCCUCUUAUUAUUUUAGCCUCUGAACAGAAGGAACUGUUGUGAGAAAAAAGUCAAUAUUUGCUCAACCUUUAUCGCAUCAUCAAGAGACUGACUAUUUUUUACAUGCACACCGAUAAUUCAUUUUUUUGGGAAUUAACGCAGUAUAUAAUGAAAGUAAUUUGGACCCACAUUUAAUAAUAAAUUGUUGUGGAUAUUGUAACCACAAUGAGAUGCAGAGUUCUGCCAUUUUUAAAGACUGUGUGCGUUCCAAUACAGAAGUAAACACUGACUUGAAACAAGUUUAAAACCUCUCUGUAGUAUCAAUCAGUCCAAGUUGGAGUGCCGCCUUACUGGCCACGAUUGGGUUAUUAUGUGCGUGUAAUCUGUAGUAUGUGAUAUUGAAAUAUGGUAUUUAAUAUUUGGCCACAUACAUACGGCAGCUGCUUUCCAGAGAUAGUUUCAGUCUCAGAUGCAGCUUCCAUCUAGUUUGUGACAACGUGUGGGGAAAAUAUUAAUCUAAAAUGCCAAGUGUGUUGAAUUGACUUUCAUAAAGUGUAAUGUGAACAGGAUCACGUUGUGCAUUGCCUUCUUCAUUAUUUAAUUUAAUUUAUUGAAAGAAAGUUCCCACUGUAGCAGAUUCUCCCGAACAGAGAAGCAGACGUCAGGAGCAGUUCACAGACCUCGAGCAGAGGGAGCUUGUUGCUUUGCAGCUCAGUGAUUAUUAAUUUUUUGUGUGUUGUAGUUUGUCACGCUCAUCAGCCAGUUCCACAUUAAACAGCUCAACAAAAAUA